AUGUCGAGAUCGACUCUUACAGGGCUGAACACCUCCAGCUCGGAGAGAGAGUACGUCGCGCUUGGCGUCGAGCUGGGGAUGCGGGGGGAUGGCCGCGGCAGGCUUGACUACCGCUCCCUCUCCGUCCAGGCCGGCGUCCUCGCACAGUCCAACGGUUCUGCGAGGGUAACCAUAGCUCACAACGGCACGGACGUCCUCGCUGCGGUCAAGGUGGAGGUGGGAGAACCGGGCCUUGAAGCUCCUGGCGCGGGCCGCGUGGAGGUGUGCGUCUCGUGCUCGAACAGCCUCUUCCCCAAGUUCGACGAACGGUCAUCGGGGGACGUGAACGCGGUGUUGAGCGGGGCACUCGAGAGAAGCAUGCAGGGAGUCGGCGGGCUCGACCUCGAUGCCCUCGGGAUCGUGGACGGCAAGUUCUGCUGGGUGGUCUUCGUCGACAUCCUGGUACUGCAGGCUGACGGAAACUUGCUAGACGCGUCGUCGUUUGCCGCGUACACCGCGCUCAACACCGCACGAAUACCCAAGGUCACGCCUCUUGUCGGGGAGGGCGGGAUCUACGACGACUUCGAGAUAUCAUCGGAGAUCGACGACGCCGUCGCCAUCAAGGGCGCGACGAACGUUCCCGUGUGCCUCACAAUGUCCCGGAAUGGUUUGGUAGAAGUUUUGUUUUUGGGGAGGCGAGGGACGAGACGUGGGGGGGGGGGGGGGAUGCCCGAUGUUUAA